AUGUCUUUCAAUGAAUAUUUAAACAAAGCCUAUGGAACUCAAAAGAAAUCGAAGACAACUUCCGAGUCUUCACCGAGUUCCAAUACGAAAUUUGAUAUUAUAGACUCUUCUGAGCACAUUGCUUUUGCAAAUAAUAAGCCUCUGGGAAUCUCCUCAUCGAAUAAAUCUAAAAAGAAGACAGGCUUAUGGAGGAACUUGGACACUAAUGAACUAAUUGAACGUCAGAAUAUUGUUGCAGCUGCGAGUAACCAGGGUGUUGAUAAUUUAAAGAUGUCUCCAGGAACUCGUCCUGGUCUUCAGACAGUUGAUGGUGAUAGUGUGAAAUUUGAAGCCAACAGCUUAAAAGUAAAUACAGAGGCAGAAGAUGUUAUUAAAAACCAGGAACCAGUGUUUAGAGAUCAAAAGGGACUUGAAAUUGACAAUUAUCAGACCUAUAUACAAGAGGAAAAGCGUAGUGAGGAUUUAAAGGAACAGGCAAGGCAGAAAGCGAUUAACGAAAUUAACAUGGGAGACAUUCAAUUAUACCAGCUGAAACAUCCAGGUUGGAAGCCUGCUCAACUUAGGUACAAUGAAACGAAGUUCGAAGAUCCAGUACUGGCUUUUAAGGAAGGUGAUACCUCAGAACAUCGGCAGUUGUCACCUUUAGGAAGGAAACUUUACAAUGGAAUAUAUCCUGAUAAUAGAUUUGGAAUUUGUCCUGGCUGGAGGUGGGAUGGCGUUGAUAGAUCAACUGGAUUUGAGACGAAAUGGUUUUCCAAGCAAAAUGAGAUUAACGAAAGAAGGAUCCAAUCUUUCACUAGACAACAGGAUUUCUAG